AUUUCCGAUCUUUUCACUCUGCGAUUUCUCGCUGAUAUUUAUAUUAGAGGCCUUCCUGUAAUCGACAUUUUUCUGUGUUUUGAAGCUUUUUGAGGCUAUCGAAGAUGGAAUUGCCGGUCCGGUGAGGUGUCGGGGAAGAGUGAGUCGCCGGAGAUCUCUCUAUCAGAUCUGGGCAGGUUGUUUAGGCUGUCUGAAGAUAAAGAAAACUGUACAGAAAGUGUUUAUGGUGUCCAGAUGAUCAGAACUGAUGCUAUUGGCAGUGGAAGGAGGAGGGUUCUUCUCUUCUUCAGCUUCGGGGUAUAGCAAGGGCCUGACCCUUCUUCUCUUGGGUCAGAAGAACGAAGAGAAACCCAUGAAAGUAUCUCCGUGGAAUCAAUACCAGUUAGUGGACCAAGAAUCCGAUCCUGAUCUCCAGCUGGCUUCUGGGAAGGACCGGCUUGUCCGCGGUUGCGCCUCCUUUGUUUGCUUUGGUCGCCCUGCAGCAAGACUUGAGAGCCAAUCUACUCUUAAAGUGGGACCUACCCAACAGCAGAGUGCCUUGCCUGGGUUUCCUGUUUCUGAGAAGGGCAAGGACCAUAUCCAUUCCACCGAUCUUGUGGGCAAUGACGAUAGCACGAAAAAGAUUGCUCUUAAGAGUAACUUGAAGAAGCCAACCAGUAUCAUUCCAGUUUUGGGUGCUUCUGGUAAUGAAUGUGAGGUAUUAUUUGAAAAGGAUAACGAUGUCCCUGGUCAUAUUGGAACGAGGAAAGUGCAGUGGACAGAUGCAUCUGGGGGAGAGCUUACAGAGAUCCGGGAAUUUGAGCCCAGUGACGAUGGUGGAUCAGAUGACGAAUUUGACGAUGGGAGUAAAAGGGCUUGUGCAUGCAGGAUUAUGUAG